CUCGAAGUGGUACCGAGGACGGGGAGUCACAUCUUCGGCUUUUGGCACGCGCUGUCAUUGCGAUGUGCCGGAGGAAGUGAAAGCGGGCGGUCCGGGGAUGUCAACCCGAGGAGGCCCCGGAUCCCUGCUACAGCGAUCGGCCGCCGCCUGAGAACGAUGAGCCCCGAGUCACUUAUGACGACUUGAGGGGCACAGUGGUCUGCGUGAUGCCUCCAGGGGUCUAGCAGCGUUUCGGCAGGAGGAUCAACAUGUCAGAGCACGUGACAUUGUUGUAGAGGCCGAGUGAGGGGGUUGAGUCACAUGACCUACUUUUGGGCUCACCCGUUUUUAAGGCGGCGACACGGGUGGGAGGCGCAGUUAUUCUGUGAGGUCUCCACCAGCCUGAGUGCGCCAGUAUGGUUUCAUGCCAGGCACCGUGGGGCCCCAGUGGUUUGGUUUUGUUUCUCUCUUCUCCUUUGCCUUCCAGACGUUGCUGUGACCGAUGUGUGUUUGCCCAUCGCUUGUCCAUUUCUAACUUGGGGCCGCGGUCAGCAGGCUGGACCAGAUAUCUCCUGCUGUUGCAGGGAAUUCCUAGACUGGUACAGGAUACACUCCCUCUGGUGCAUUCUGGUCCUUUUGUAUUGGGCCAAGCCCCUCCUUUAAAGGCACUAUACAGAAAUGGCUACAAAGGUCCCAUGGAAUAUCUGUGUAAACAAACAUUCCAUUACAUUAUAUAGCGCCUUUCUCAAAUGAACAUCAGGUGCCAGGCAACAGGUGGUGUCUAGAAAGCAGGCAUGAUAAUGAAGUGACCCCCUUAGGGUCUCAACUAGCAGUCCACUGCCAAGCCACUAGGCCACACUGCCUGGCACACUCAGCCCAGUGUCGCAGCCACAGACUCGGUGCCACACCACAGGCCUCAGACCCCCAGCCUAUUGUGUUUCUGAGCAUUAGAGGGGCUGCUGAACUGAAAAAUGAACUCCAGACACACAAAGACGAUGGCUGCACAUUUGAGGACCUGAGAUCAGUGACAGUGACAUUAACUGACUGGCACCCUCUCCAAGGGUAGUUCCUGCCUUGAACCCGAUGCUUGCUGGGAUUGUGACCUGCUCUGGAUAAGUGGCUUUGACAAUAGAUGGAUGGACUGAUAAUGACAUUGAGUGGCAUUGUGAGAAGUGCCAGUUCUUAAUCUCAAUGAAACAUUCUGGUUGGCACCCAAACCUGAAUACCUCCAUGCAGACUGCAGCCAUUCCCUGAAGCCACAGGUGCAAAGCAGGAACCCAUUUGUAGGGGGGUGCCAGUCUAACCACAGGUGCACCCAGAACAGAAGCAUGGGGGCACGGGGGCAACAUGCACACAUACAGGUAGCAUACAUGUGACAAGAAAUGCAGAUGAUAAAAGAAACAGCACGGGUAACGGGUUACACCACACUAGCAGGUGCCACUCUGGGGUAACAGCAGACCCUUCCAUAAGGGUCUUUGAAUUUUAUGAGGGAACAAGCAAGGGACACAAAUGAAGCCACAGACCUUGAGUGGACACUUUGUGAAACUCCAGCAUCCAUUGGUUUAUUGUUCUUUUCCUGGCACUGAGUAAGCUGGUGCCAGUGCCAGGACAUCCCAGAGAGAUAUCGCAUAUUAAGAGAGCAUUAGUGUGCCCGGUGGUGGUGCCAGCUCUGAACAGGCAGGGUGAUUCUCCAUUCUUGAUAAGUAACAGGCCAGGAGGACUGGGGGAGCAGUGAGGCCCUCUAGUGGCCAAGGAUGUUCAAACCCUCCCGAAACACUCUUGAAACAAUUACACCAUAAGGAAAGGCGCUAUAUAAGACAGAUGGGUUGUUUUUAGAAAUUCACUUCCAGCCGGUUUGUUUCUUGUAGAGCAGAAUGUUGGUGCCAGGCUUGGUGUGACCCAUCAGUGGUUAAGGUGUUGAACUGCGGGUGCCACGUGAUGGGACACCCCAUGUGACACCGAGGGAGUCAUGACCUGCCACAACCACGUGUGAUUUGUAAGUCACUUUGUAAACAAACAAACAUGUGCGAGUUCCUCACAGGACUGGGAAGGACACUCGGUGGUCUUAGAUGGGCUCUGUCAGAAAAAGCAGUGCAUGCUGGGAAUUGUGAACGAACAUCCUGCGCGACGGCGGUCUGCAUGCGGCAGGCCAGACCCACCAGUGCAGUGAGUGGUCCCUAGCACCAGGCAGUCAGCAGCGGAGGGUGCCACUUGUAGGCCUGUCGCCCGCCACCCGUUCAUGCCGUUCCUCCUCUAUGCCACCCCCUGUUUGUCUUCUAGUUGGCUGCCUCUGUCUCUUCCUCUUUUUCGGCUGAGGAUGUGGCUGGUGAGGUGCAUGCGAGAGUCGCUCCCCUCCCUGGCCCCUCCGUCCACCUGGCCAGUACCACUGCUUCUGCUCAGCCACGUGACUUACCAGUAGAGGCUGUCAUGGCGCAGCCUGCCCGCUUCCUGCCUCGGUGGUGCUCGCAGCGAAAGCAGGAAGUGGCUGCCCACACAACUGCACCUUAGUGCUCCAGCAUGAGUCAGUGGAAGCAGGUGCAGCAGCUGGAGAUGAAGUUCCUGGAGCAGGUGGACCACUUCUACGACGACAACUUUCCCAUGGAGGUGCGUCAGUUCCUGGCCGAGUGGAUCGAGGCCCAGAAGUGGGAUGUUGCCUGCAACCACGAGGCCAUAUCCACCAUCCUCUUCCAAAACCUGCUGGGUCAGCUGGAGGACCAGUACGUCCAGGAGAAGAACUUCCUGCAGAGACACAACCUGAAACGUAUCAAGCAGCAGCUGCAGGUGAAGUACAAGACCAACCCGCUGCACAUGGCCACCGUCAUCUCCAGCUGCCUGAGGGAGGAGAGGAGGAUCAUCGCUGCUGCCAGCAUGGUGGAGCAGGGUCCGCUGGAGAAGUCCAUGCAGAACUCCGUGGUUUAUGAGCGGCAGAGGAAUCUGGAGAACCGGGUGGUGGGGGUCCGCAGGAAUGUGCAGAUGGUCGAGCAGGAGGUCAAGUGUCUGGAGAACAGGCAGGAUGAGUUUGACUUCCGCUUCAAAACGCUGCAGUCCAAAGACCCCGCCGAACGCAACAAUGAGCAAGCCAGGCUGGAGGUGGUCCGACUUCAGGACAUGCUGAACCUGCUGGACUUCAAGAGAAAGGAGACGCUCGGGAAGAUCGCAGAGCUGAUCAAGGAGAUCGAUGCAGUGAUGAGCACCCAGCUGACCGAGGAGCUGCGGGACUGGAAGAGGCGCCAGCAGAUCGCGUGUAUUGGGGGGCCGCUUCUCACGGGGCUGGACCAGCUGCAGAACUGGUUCACGAUGAUCGCACAGAGCCUCUUCUACAUCAGGCGGCACUUAGACAAGCUGGAGGAGCUCGUCUUGAAGGUGACGUACAACGGCGACCCGAUUCCUCUGCAGAAGCCCGAGUUGGAGGAGCGCGUCAAGUGCCUGAUCUACCAUCUCAUCAAAAGCUCCUUCGUGGUCGAGAGGCAGCCCUGCAUGCCAACCCAUCUUCAGCGGCAGCUGGUCAUCAAAACUGGAGUGUUCUUCACCAUGAAGCUGAGGCUGUUGGUCAAAUUGCCAGAAAUCAACUACCAACUGAACGUCAAGACCAUCUUUGACAAGGACCUUCCCGCUGGCAGAGUAAGUCGUCAGUUCUUCAUCCAGGGGACCAGCAUCAAGGCGAUGGACUUGGAGGACUCGUCCAAUGGCUGCUUGUCCGUCGAGUUCCGACACCUGCAGCUGAAAGAACGCAAGCUGUGCAACGGGUCCAAGGGAAACGAGGUCCCAGUGACGGUCACAGAGGAGCUCCACUCCUUCAGCUUCGAGGCCCAGCUGUGUCUUCAGGGCUUGACUAUAGACCUGGAGACCUGCUCCCUGCCCAUAGUGGUCAUCUCCAACGUGAGCCAGCUGCCCGGAGGCUGGGCCUCUGUCAUUUGGUACAACCUGUUGACCGAUGACCCUAAGAAUUUGUCCUUCUUCAGCAGUCCACCGGCUGCCAGCUGGUCUCAGCUGUCCGAGGUGCUGAGCUGGCAGUUUUCUUCCUUCGUGGGACGAGGCCUCAAUACGGAGCAGUUGGCAAUGUUGGCGGAGAAGCUCUUGGGCCAGCAGGCUGUGUUCAGUGAUUGCCAGUUUUCUUGGGCUAAGUUCUUCAAGGAGAACAUCCCAGGCAAACCAUUCAGCUUCUGGCUGUGGCUCGACUCCAUCCUGGAACUGAUCAAGAAGCACCUGCUGCCACUCUGGAUCGAUGGGUACAUCAUGGGCUUUGUCAGUAAGGAGAUGGAGCGGGCGUUGCUGAAGGACAAGGAGCCGGGCACGUUCCUGCUGCGAUUCAGCGAGAGCCACUUGGGUGGCAUCACCUUCACCUGGGUGGACCACUCUGAGAAUGGAGAGGUCAAGUUUCACUCGGUUGAGCCGUACACUAAGAGCCGCCUGGCAGCGCUGCCCUUUGCCAACAUCCUUCGUGACUACAAAGUCAUCGUGGACGGGAAUGUUCCCGAAAACCCCCUGAAAUUGCUAUACCCAGGCAUUGCCAAGGAUGAGGCCUUUGGGAAGCACUACAACAAUCAGCCAAAUACAGACUCCCAGUACAUCUCUUCCGUCUUCAUUCCUGUCUCUCAGUUCACCAACGUGUCAGCUGCGCCUUUCUCAUCGCUGGACUUGCUGCCUAUGUCGCCAGGACAGUUUGAUAUGCUCAAGAAGCAGCUGAGCCCGGUGGAGUAUGAGACGGCGAUGAACUCCCCCUGCUACGCUGAGUAAGCCCGCCGAUGCCAGCGGCCCUUACUAAGGAGAGGCAGAGCCACUUGGAACAGCCCGAUGUGCCAGCCUAGUGUGGGGUUGAUGAGCUGAGGAGCGAGUGCCCAAAUGUCUGCACUUCCUCAUGAGGCUUCUGCUGCCAGCUGACAAGGGUGCCAUGUCCUUUACAGCUCUUGAGUGAUCCAUUUAGAGUCACCAGACAGGACAUGGACACAGGGCAGGACACUUCCUAAAGCCUGGAGCUAACAAUGUCCAAGUGCCUGGAGAUGGUGUUCACCAUGAAAGGCGCUAUAUACACCAUAUGUUUCUGUAUAUUUAUAUAUUUACUGUAGACACAUCUAAAAGUGCUUGGCUGUAAAUAUUCAUUCCACUGUUUAUGUGUACGAUAAAUCUUUAAGAUGAA